GAUCAUCUUACGUAUACUAGGUCAUCAGCUGGUGAAACGGCAAGGUGGUCUUGAGGUGCGUAAUUGUUGUCGUAAGACGAAAGCUCCACGUGCACCAAGAGUCGACCUCCAACCGCUAGCUGGUCGCUAGUUUUGCAGAUUUAUCAUUUCGUGUGACAUGGCAGCAUCAGACCGGGGUCACACACUUCUACUCAGCAGCUUGGGGAGGUCAAACACCACCAAGACUCCAUUGUCGACUAUUCAGGCCCUCAUCGUCCACUACCUCGCAAAUAUUCGUCCUUCUCCAACACCUCUCGCUGCCACUAUUGUCAGCAGCCCUGUAUUCCUUCCGUUUUCGCAUUCAAAACUAGAAGCUUUGAGUACAUCUUUCCGACAUGCAGUACAUUCAAAACUACAGGCACUGAAAGCGGAUUCAAACGGACUGUUUUCUCCCAGCUUAGACACUCAGCUCAACGUCUGGUCCCUUGCUAUCUUCCAAGGUCUCGAAGGUGGAAACGCCAUUAUACGAUUAGCCUGCUGUAGCGGACUUCUUCUUGGCCUUGAGGAUAUCCUGCAGCAUUUACCAGCGAAGAAGCGAGACGUGAAAGGCAUAGCCGAAGAUGAACUGGUAAUGACCUUUGCAGACGUUAUUGACCAGUUCUCAACGUCUGAUACAUGGGGAAAAGAAUUCCAUUCUGCCGCUGAAUCAGCUAAUGCUCUGGCAUUGUCACUCAUCAUAGCUUCUCAAUCUCUUCUGUUGGUACCCUCCCAGAAAUUCACUGCGCUCCCCCUUUCCCAUCUAUUAGGACUAAUUAUGCGCACCAUCGAGGAUACCUUCGAUGGUGGAAGGUUCCUAUUUUCACUCCAGUCUUCGUUAUGUUCUAAGGCAGAAUUUAAAAUUCAUAUACCUCAAGAUAGUCCAAUUUCAACAUCCAUCAAUAUUGUAUCAAAUUCGAUUUCGAUGGCUCACAUUGGUUCAAUAUCCAAGUUGUGCGCUAGAACUGUAUCGCUCUUUGUAGAUCAUAGGCCAAACGUCGCACUACCCCUAAUCUCGGAAGCGUAUCAGAAACUCAACUCUAUCACUGUCCACGUUGAAGCCGACUGGUUUCCGACCUCGCUGUCUGGAGCUACAGGCCAGAGCUUGUUGUCACCAGACGCCAGGGAAGUUGCAACCGUCAUAUGGGCGACUUUGAAAACACUCCUUUUCAGCGUGAUUAUGAUCACAGAAGCAGGUCUGUCUGCUUUGGUCUUCAUCCCCUCCACUUCCGCUGUUCUACCAUCGACUUCGACGCUCGCAGUAAUUGUUCUGCAAGCGCUUUCACACCUGUCAUUUGUUAUCGCGCAGUUUGGUGGUUCAGGUCACGGUGCUUUCGAUGAGCUCAAGAGGUUGUUUUACCUUGCACUGGACGUUCUCGGAAGUGAUGUAAUAGAGAGCAACAAAUACGCCCGACACCUUUGUGUCGUCGAAUCGGGCCUGGAGCCACUUCCGGCUCACCCUUCCUAUCAAGCCAAAAAGGCCUUUGCGCUUUCAGCAAUUGAACAACUUAUUCCUGUACUUAACGAAUUGACUAUCCAGGAGCUUGUACUCCCUACGUGCCUUUCGCACCUGUCUGACGCUAGUCACCGCGAGAUAUUUGAAUCCGCACAUAGUGUCGUCCUUGCCAUCUUCGCUUCGCAUGCGCAGAAGGCAAGCGAGUCGACGUCACAGCAAGAGAGCGGCUUCACGAAGAAAAUCGUGCCGUUUUAUGCCAACUGUCUAAUAGACAAUUCAGUGCAGGGUAGGCUCAGCACGCUGCAACUCCGGUUAGCAUUUGCUGCUCUCGUUCGGAGUGCAGCGUCUGCUGCCGAUUUGUCUCUUGCGUGGUUUUGCAUCGACUGCCUUCUGGCUGCUAUUGCGUCUACCUCCGAGCAUGACGACGAGCGUAACCAUCGGCUUCACCUGACUCUUAUCUCGUGUGUGCCAUCGGUACCAUUGCUAUUGCUUCCUCGCUUGCUGGAUCCCAUCCGUUUAUUUAUGGAUGCAGCUCAAGAUGAGAAGAAGAGGCAGGAACUUAUCGACGCAUUAUUUGCGGAGAUCAAGGAGCGUGUCGGCGAUAGAGAAAAAGAAUAUAUGAUUCGGUGGUGGGGAGAGUUGCGGAUGAAGUGGGCCCAUACGGGGCCUGGUCGUGAGGAAAUCCAGGGGGAUCAUGGAUUGGACGUUGAUCUGACAUUGACCGCACGACUGUGAUAUAUUAUCCUGAUGUCUUGCGUACAGAUUACUCAGAUGACAAAUGCUUUGGACCGUCGUACAUAACAUGGUUUUUUAAUCGAUGGUUUUAACGCGUCACGUUGACUGCAUAGCAACAGCUAUUCA